UUAUUUCAAUACUACCAACUUCUAGAUAACAAACAUAACCUUAAAUUUUUAGAAAAUUCGUCUUUGAAAUGAUUAUUAAUUCUAAGAAAAAACAAUAAUAGUCAUGAUAAAAAAUAUAAAUGAUUUUUUUAUUGCUGCUGAUCCUCCCGGGGAAAUAUUUUCGAAAAAUUUAUCUUGACAGGAUAUUGCUUUGACAUUUAUCUUUCGCGCUAUGUUAUAGGAAAAGUAACAAUAAAGUGUUGCUAAGAUUGUUGACGUUUACAAUAAUUUGCUGAAUAACGUUUUAAAGAUACUUUAGCCGUUUUUGUGUAAUGUUUCGAAAGUUACACUGUGUGAGUGGAGAUGUCUGAAAUUUGCACAGAAGAUAUUGUAGUGAGCUUCAGUGAUGGCCAAGAUGUUUCCACCGAGCCAGCAGCGGAGGCACUGGUGGAGGGCGGCGCGGGGCGGCGCGCGGCGUCCACCUCGCUGGAGCUGGGCCGGCGCCUGCUGGCCGCGGCCAGGGACGGGGACACCAACACUGUCUUAGAUCUCAUGGCUAAAGGAGCGCCCUUCACUACCGACUGGCUGGGCACGUCCCCGCUGCACCUGGCAGCCGCCAACGAUCGCCAAGAGGUGUGUCUCGUGCUGCUGCGCGCCGGCGUGUCGCGCGACUGCAGGACCAAGGUGGAGCGCACGCCGCUGCACCUGGCGGCGUACUGGGGGCACGCGGGCGCCGCCGCCACGCUGCUGGACCACCACGCCGACGUCAACUGCAGAGACAUGCUAGGCAUGACACCUCUCCACUGGGCCGCAGAGCGCGGGCACGUGGCGUGCGCUCGCCUGCUGCUGUCCCGCGGCGCCGACCCGCUGCUCCCCUCCCGCUUCCGCACCACCCCCCUGUCGCUGGCGGUGCAGGAGGGAGGGGAGAUGCGGGUGUUGGUGGAGGAGGCGGUGAAUAGACGGGUGGCGGGGGACGCGGUAGAAACGCUGGUUAAUGUGGAAGAGCAACAAAGCGAGGAGAUGACGGAACAGACGGAAUUUGUGACCGUGGAGUCCCUCGCGCCCCCCGCACCCCCCGCCGCCCCCGCGACCCCCACUCAGCCCCAGAACAAUCAGACGUCUCCCCCCGGGCGCGGCGAGAGCGGCGCGGCGCGGCUGCUGCGGCGGCACGGGAUCGCGCUGCUGCCGCCGCCCGCCGACAACACCGUGGCCAACGCGCUGCACGCCGGCCGCACCGUGCUGCUGUCCGACGCAGGCAAGCUAAUGCUGAAAGAAAGCGCCACCCCCUCCCCCGCCCCCGCCCCCGCGGCGUCCACCCCCACCCCCGCGUCCCCGGCGGGGGGCGUGCUCCUCACCGCGACCCCCGUCGCCGCGCCCCCCAGCGGGGUCAAGAUCUUCACGCUCGCGAAUAAGAUGCUCCUGCAGGAUGGGAAAGCGGGGAAGAAAGCGGCUGGCCAGGGGAAUACAGUGAGUUACGUGUACAACGUGUCGGACGCGCGCGCGCCGCGGCUGCAGCUCAAGAAGCCCAAGGCCAUCAAGAUCCUGCUCAACAAAGGCAACCUGCAGAAGAUCAUACAGAGCCAGAAGAACAGCGAACAGGUUACCGAGUCCAAUUAA